AUGCUGGAGGCCCCCUGCCCACCCUUCCCACCAGGCCCCUACCCCGACAGAGACUCCUCCACUCCUCAGCACUGCAUCCCCAAGCCACCUGGCCCAGGUCACAGCUGGGCUGGGGCCUUCCAGAGAGAAGAGAAGGACCUGGGCUACCUACAGCAGUGGCUGAAGGCCUUUGUGGGUACCUUUGAGAGGAGUAUCUCGCUGUCCUCUCUCGAGCCCCGCAGGCUGGAGGAGACAGGCGCGGAGGUGCCGCUGCUGCCCCUGGAUGCCCUGCACGUGCUGGCCGAGCAGCUGGACCAGGGAGACCUGGAGCAGGCCUUGCUGCGCCUCAAGCUCUUCAUCAUCCUCUGCAGGAACCUGGAGAACGUGGAAGCAGGCUGGGGCCUGGUGCUGGUGCCCCGGGUGCUGGCCUUGCUGACCAGCUUGGUGGCCGAGCUGAAGGAUGCAGUCCCCCCACAGGAGAGCCCCGGGCCUCCUCGCCCCCUGGAGUAUGUGGCCCUACACGCCCUGCUCCUCUGUGAGGGCCUCUUUGACCCCUAUCAGACCUGGCGCCGCCAGCACAGUGGGGAAGUCAUCAGCUCCAGGGAGAAGAGCAAAUACAAGUUCCCCCCAGCAGUUCUGCCCCGUGAAUUCAGCACCUUCUUCCAAGAGAGCCUGCAGCUUGCCGAGCACCUGCCUCCCACGCUGCUGUUGCGGCUCAUCCACCUCUUUGGCGCUGUCCUUGCAGGAGGGAAGGAGAAUGGGCAGAUGGCUGUGAGCGCCGGCUCCGUGCAGGGCCUGCUGGGUGUGGUGCGGGGCUGGGGGCCGGGGCCUGCCCGGGACCCCCACCUCAUGCCGCUGGCCCUGGAGGCCCUGGUGGGUGCAGUGCAUGUCCUGCACACCAGCCGCACACCGCCCCGUGGGCAGGAGCUCCGUGCCCUGCUUGAGGGCUACUUCUGCGUCCUUAAUGCCGACUGGCCCACGGGCCCGAACCCAGGCCCGGAAGAGACCCUUGUCAGUCUGCGGGUCAGCAUGCUUGAGGCCAUUCCCAGGAUGCUGGCAUGCGAGGACCGGCCAGUGCUGCAGGCCACCUUCCUUAGCAACAAUUGCUUUGAACACCUCAUCCGGCUCAUCCAGAACAGCAAGCUGUAUGUGCAGGCCCGGGUACUCCCUGAGGGGGACAGGGACCUGGCUACCCGGUUACUGACCGAGCCCGAUGUCCAGAAGGUGCUGGACCAGGACACAGAUGCCAUCGCGGUCCACGUUGUCCGGGUGCUGACCUGCAUCAUGAGCGGCUCGCCCUCGGCCAAGGAGGUGUUUAAGGAACGCAUCGGCUACCCUCACCUGCAGGAGGUGCUGCAGAGCCACGGCCCCCCCACCCCCAGGCUGCUGCAGGAGCUACUUAACAUGGCCGUGGAGGGCGAGCACAGCGCGUGCGUGGCGCCCGCCAUCCGCAACGAGCAGCCGCUGCUGGUGCUGGUGCGCUGGCUGCCGUCGCUGCCCACGGCCGAGCUGCGGUGCUUCCUGGCACAGCGCCUCAGGUGGCUCUGCGACAGCUGUCCUACCAGCCGGGCCACCUGUGUGCAGGCGGGCCUGGUGGGCUGCCUGCUGGAGACGCUGAGCGCGGGGCCCGCCCUGGGGGCCCGGUGCCAGGAGCAGCUGCUGGCGCUGCUACAAGUCCUGGGCAGCGUGUCGCUGCGGCCCCUGGAGCUGCGGCGCCUGCUGCGGCCCCCGCCGGGGCUGGACUCGGACGGAGCUGAGGCCGCGAAGGCCCAGCACGCGGCUGCCAUCAUCCGCGCGCUGUCGGGCAUGGCCAGGCACCAGGGCCCCGCCCGCGCCCUGCGCUACUUUGACCUGGCGCCGGGCAUGGCCGGCAUUAUGGUGCCCCCGGUGCAGCGCUGGCCCGGACCUGGCUUCACCUUCCACGCCUGGCUGUGCCUGCACCCCACGGCUGCGGCGCCUCCCCUGGCCUCCCCCAGGCCACUCCAGCGGAAGCAGCUGUACAGCUUCUUCAGCAGCAGCGGCUCAGGCUUUGAGGCCUUCUUCACUGUGGCUGGGACGCUGGUGGUGGCCGUGUGCACGCGGAAGGAGUACCUGACCGUGAGCCUGCCCGAGGUGUCCUUCGUCGACUCGGCCUGGCACUGCGUAGCCAUUGUCCAUGUGCCCGGGCGCCGGCCUUUCAGCCAGAACCUAGUCCACAUCUACAAAGAUGGUCACCUGGUCAAGACUGCACCCCUCCGCUGCCCCUGCCUCAGCGAGCCCUUUUCCUCCUGCUGUAUCGGCUCUGCUGGGCACCGCACCACGACCACCACGACGGGGCCGCCUGAGCCCCCCCCCACCGCCUUGGUUCAUGCCCACCCCUCGAUCACCCGCUCCCUGUCAGUCCCUGCCUCCGCCUCCACUGGGCUGGGCUGGGGAUCGGGGCUGGCGGCCCCCCUGCAGGAGGGCGGCAUCAGCUCCACUCUGGCAGGCACACAAGACACCCGAUGGGGCAGCCCCACGUCCCUGGAGGGUGAGCUGGGGCCUGUGGCCAUCUUCCACGAAGCCCUGCAGCCAGCGCCGCUUCGGACCCUGUGCACCCUGGGGCCCAAUGAGAUGGCGCCCUUCAAACCCGAAGGUGAUCUGCAUGAGCUGGGCACCAAGCUGCUCCUCUAUUACUCACCUCAGGCCUGUAAGAACAACAUCUGCCUGGACCUGUCCCCUGGCCACGGGCUGGAUGGUCGCCUGACAGGACACAGAGUGGAGACCUGGAAUGUAAAGGAUGUGGUGAACUACGUGGGGGGCAUGGGUACCCUGCUGCCCUUGCUGGAGCGAGUGGCCCUGCAGCCUCAAGAGGUCGAAUUGGGCCCAGCCGAAACACAUGACCUCGUGGGGCCCGAGCUGACCAGCCACAACCCUCAGGGCCUGCUUCUCCCACUGGGCAAGUCCUCAGAGGAGCGGAUGGAGAGGAAUGCAGUGGCUGCCUUUCUGCUGAUGCUCCGGAACUUCCUGCAGGGCCACCCUGCAAACCAGGAGAGCCUGGUGCAGUGCCAGGGCCCAGCCAUCCUGGGGGCCCUCCUGCGUAAGGUCCCGAGCUGGGCCAUGGACAUGAACGUGCUCAUGUCCACCCAGCUGCUGAUGGAGCAGGUGGCGGCAGAGGGUGCCGGGCCCCUCCUGUAUCUGCUCUAUCAGCACCUGCUCUUCAACUUUCACCUCUGGACCCUCAGCGACUUUGCCGUGCGCCUCGGCCACAUCCAGUACAUGUCCAGCAUCAUCCGUGAGCACAGACAGAAGCUGCGGAAGAAGUAUGGGGUCCAGUUUGUCCUCGAUGCCCUGCGCGCCCAUUACAGCUCACUGCGGGAGCGCCCCCUGGCGGCGGACGACCUGCGCGUGGUGCAGACCUCACUCCUGGGCCUGGCGCGCGAGUUCCUGGUGCGGAGCUUCUCUGCCGAUGAUGCGCAGGUGGUGCUGAGCUUUCUGGCUGCCGCGGGGGAUGACGGCCAGGUGGUGGGCACCCUGGACCUCUUGCUGGCGCUGCUGCAGGGCUCUCCGGUCCAAGAGCCCCUGGGGGCCUUCCUGCUGGAGCCCGGGAACCUCGAGGUGCUGCUGGCCCUGCUGGUGCGGCCGAGGUCUUUGCCCCUGCUGCCCGACCGAGUCUGCAAGAUCCUGCGCAGCCUGCUGCACAAUGAGCGCUUGCCAGAACGCGGCCGGCAGCGGCUCCGCCUGCGGGAGUGUGGUGUCCAAGGCUUGGUGGCCUGCCUGCCUGAGGGGACCGCUUCCCCUCAGCUCUGCCAGGGCCUCUACAAGCUGUUCCUGGGGGCAGAUUUCCCGAACCUCUCAGACCUGAUGGCAGUGGUGCAGCUGUCCCUCCAGGCCGACCUCAAUGUCCGCCUGAACAUUUGUCGCCAGCUUUUUCACCUCAUCUACGAACAGCCAGACAUUGUUCGGCUCCUGGCGCGCCAGGCCGGCUGGCAGGAUGUGCUGACCCGGCUAUAUGUCCUAGAGGCUACCGCUUCCCCGCCCUUUGUCCCAGAACUGCCCACCUCCCCAGAACUAGCACCCCACAAGCCCCCCACAGAGUCACCUGACGAGCAGUCUGAUGUCUUCCUGCCUGCUGGAGGCCCCUGCCCCGACCCGGAGGCCUUGUACCAGGCCCUUUCCCCAUUCUGCACACACUUUGACCUGGGCCUGGAACGGUCCAGUGUGGGCUCCGGCAACACUGCCAGUGGUGGCAGCAGCAACGGGACCCUGACUCCCGCCAGUCAGCCUGGCACGCCCUCCCCACUGGAUGGGCCCCGGCCCUUCCCUGCUGCCCACGGCCGCCACAGCUCCAGCCUCUCGAAUGUGCUGGAGGACAGCAGCCUCCUGGAGCCCGCUGUCAGUGGGGAUGACACCUCAAACACCAGUAACCCUCAGCAAACCUCGGAGGAGGAAUUAUGCAACUUGCUCACCAACGUGCUAUUCUCCAUGACGUGGCGGGGCGUGGAAGGCAGCGACGAGGCUGCCUGGCGGGAGCGGGGCCAGGUCUUCUCGGUUCUCACCCAGCUGGGGGCCUCAGCCACCCUGGUGCGCCCACCAGACUGCAUCAAGCGCAGCCUCCUGGAGAUGAUGCUGGAGUCUGCCCUGACCGACAUCAAGGCAGCCUCACUAGGGGUCCUGGCCAGCCUCACCCAGCAAGCGCUUUGGCUGCUGCGCCUGCUGCAGGACUUCCUGUGCGCGGAGGGCCAUGGGAACCAGGAACUGUGGAGCGAGAAGCUCUUCGAAGGUGUGUGCAGCCUGCUUGACCGGCUGGGGGCCUGGCCGCACCUGGCCAAUGGCACGGCAGACCUGCGGGAGAUGGCACAGAUCGGCCUGCGCCUGGUGCUUGGCUACAUACUGCUGGAGGACCCGCAGCUGCACGCCCAAGCCUACGUGAAGCUGCACUCGCUGCUGCAGACGACGGUGCCCAUGCGCCGCGAGGAGGCCUGCUACGUGCUCUCCAAACUGGAGGCGGCCCUGGCGCGGGCACUGAACGCCUCCUACGAGACUACCGAUGGGCAUGACGCAGAGCGCCCAAAUCCCGCCACCUCGACUGAGCGCUGCUCAUGGCUGGUGCCGCUGGUGCGCACGCUGCUGGACCGUGCGUACACACCGCUGGGGCUGCAGUGGGGGCUGCCCUCCCUGCCGCCCACCAAUGGCAGCCCCACCUUCUUUGAGGACUUCCAGGCUUUCUGUGCCACACCUGAAUGGCGCCUCUUCAUCGACAAGCAGGUGCAGCCCACCAUGUCGCAGUUCGAAAUGGACACAUAUGCCAAGAGCCACGACCUCAUGUCUGGCUUCUGGAACGCCUGCUAUGACACGCUCAUGAGCAGCGGCCAGCGGCACCAGCGGGAUCGUGCCCACAGCCGCCGGGCCUUCCAGGCUCUGGUGCUGGAACCCGCACAGCGGCGUGCGCGCCUGGAGGGGCUGCGCUACGCAGCUGCGCAGAAGCAGCAGGCAGCCCAGCACUCCACGGCCUUGCUGCACUGGGGGUCGCUGUGGCGCCAGCUCUCCAGCCCUUGCGGGGCCUGGGCGCUGAGGGACCCUCCCACCCCCCGCUGGAAGCUGUCCAGCGCUGAGACAUACUCCCGCAUGCGGCUGAAGCUGGUUCCCAAUCAUCACUUUGAUCCUCACCUGGAAGCCAGUGCCCUGCGAGACAACCUGGGGGAGACCCCGCUGAUACCCACGGAGGAGGCGGCGCUGCCUCUGGCAGUGACCAAGGAGGCCAAAGUCAGCACCCCACCUGAGGAGCUGCAGGAAGACCAGCUAGGCGAGGAUGAGAUGGCCGCUCUGGAGACAGCGAUGAAGGCAGCAGAACUAGAUGAGCAGCGAGAGAAACUGGUGCUGUCAGCCGAGUGCCAGCUGGUCACCGUGGUGGCCGUGGUGGCGGGGCUGCUGGAAGUGACCACUCAGCACGUGUACUUCUACGAUGGCAGUGCUGAGCGCGUGGAGACCGAGGAGGGUAUUGGUCACGACUUUCGGCGCCCGCUGACUCAGCUGCGAGAGGUCCACCUGCGCCGGUUCAACCUGCGCCGAUCAGCCCUCGAGCUCUUCUUCAUCGACCAGGCCAACUAUUUCCUCAAUUUCCCUCGCAAGGUACGGAACCAGGUAUACUCCUGCCUCCUGCGUCUGCGGCCCCCAACCCAAAGCUACCUGGGCAGCCGCUCACCCCAAGAGAUGCUACGUGCCUCAGGCCUGACCCAGAAAUGGGUGCAGCAUGAGAUAUCCAACUUCGAGUACUUGAUGCAGCUCAACACCAUUGCAGGGCGGACCUACAAUGACCUGUCCCAAUACCCCGUGUUCCCCUGGGUCCUGCAGGAUUACGUGUCCCCAACCCUGGACCUCAGCAACCCGGCAGUCUUCCGAGACCUGUCCAAGCCCAUCGGUGUGGUGAACCCCAAGCAUGCCCAGCUCGUGAGGGAGAAGUUCGAGAGCUUUGAGGACCCAGCAGGCACCAUUGACCGGUUCCACUACGGCACCCACUAUUCCAACGCAGCGGGCGUGAUGCACUACCUCAUCCGCACAGAGCCCUUCACCUCCCUGCACGUCCAGCUGCAGAGUGGCCGCUUUGACUGCUCUGACCGGCAGUUCCACUCGGUGGCAGCUGCCUGGCAGACCCGCCUGGAGAGCCCGGCCGAUGUGAAGGAGCUCAUCCCCGAGUUCUUCUACUUCCCAGACUUCCUGGAGAACCAGAAUGACUUUGACCUAGGCUGCCUCCAGUUGAGCAAUGAGAAGGUGGGAGACGUGGUGUUGCCACCGUGGGCCAGCUCUCCCGAAGACUUCAUUCAGCAGCACCGCCGGGCUCUGGAGUCCGAGCAUGUGUCAGCCCACCUGCACGAGUGGAUCGACCUCAUCUUUGGCUACAAGCAGCGGGGCCCUGCAGCUGAGGAAGCCCUCAAUGUCUUCUAUUACUGCACCUAUGAGGGGGCGGUAGACCUGGACCACGUGGCCGAUGAGCAAGAGCGGAAGGCUCUGGAGGGCAUUAUCAGCAACUUUGGGCAGACCCCUUGCCAACUGCUGAAGGAGCCACAUCCGGCCCGACUCUCAGCUGAGGAAGCAGUCCACCGCCUUGCCCGUCUGGACAUUCACUCCCCCAGCAUCUUCCAGCACCUGGACCAGCUCAAGGCCUUCUUUGCCGAGGUUGUCAGUGACGGUGUACCCCUGGUGCUGGCUCUGGUCCCCCAUCGGCAACCCCACUCCUUCAUAACCCAAGGCUCCGCAGACCUGUUGGUGACCGUGAGUGCCAAUGGACUGUUGGGCACCCAUAGCUGGUUGCCCUAUGACCGCAACAUAAGCAACUACUUCAGCUUCAGCAAAGACCCCACCAUGGCCAACCCCAAGAUGCAGCGACUUCUGAGCGGCCCGUGGGUGCCAGGCAGCGGUGUGAGCGGGCAAGCUCUGGCGGUGGCCCCUGAUGGGAAGCUCCUGUUCAGUGGUGGCCAUUGGGAUGGCAGCCUGCGCGUGACCACGCUCCCCAGGGGCAAGCUGCUGAGCCAGCUGAGCCGCCAUCUGGAUGUAGUCACCUGCCUCGCACUGGACACCUGUGGCAUCUACCUCAUCUCAGGCUCCCGGGACGCCACGUGUAUGGUGUGGCGGCUCUUGCAGCAGGGUGGUCUGUCGGUCGGGCUGGCACCAAAGCCCGUGCAGGUCCUGUAUGGACACGAGGCUGCGGUGAGUUGCGUGGCCAUCAGCACUGAGCUCGACAUGGCUGUGUCCGGAUCCGAGGAUGGGACUGUGAUCAUCCACACUGUACGCCGGGGCCAAUUUGUGGCAGCACUGCGGCCCCCCGGUGCUGCACUGCCCGGACCUGUGUCCCACUUGGUGCUGGGGUCUGAGGGCCAGAUUGUGGUACAGAGCUCAGCACAAGAACGUCCAGGGGCCCAGGUUACCUACUCGUUGCACCUGUACUCUGUGAAUGGGAAGCUGCGAGCCACACGGCCCCUGGCUGAGCAGCCCACAGCCCUGGCUGUGGCUGAGGACUUCGUUCUGCUGGGCACAGCCCAGUGUGCCUUGCACAUCCUCCACCUGAACAGGCUGCUCCCAGCCGCCCCGCCCCUGCCCAUGAAGGUGCCCAUCCGCAGCGUGGCCGUGACCAAGGAGCAUAGCCACGUGCUCGUGGGGCUGGAGGACGGCAAGCUCAUCGUGGUGGGCGCGGGACAGCCCUCUGAGGUGCGCAGCGGCCAGUUCGCGCGCAAGCUGUGGCGGUCCUCCUCGCGGCGCAUCUCCCAGGUGUCCUCUGGGGAGACGGAGUACAACCCUGGAGACGCGCGCUGAGGACGUGCCCCACCCCCAGCUGCUCAGGCUCCGCCCCGAGGGCCCCGCCCCACCCGGGAGGCCCCGCCCAGCAGUCGGCGGGACCGCUGAAGAGGAAGCGACUUCGUGGCCAUUGGUCCGCGCUCUAGGGGUGGGCGGGGCCCACAUCCAGCUCAGGGAUUGGUGGGAGCGGUGUCACUCCAGCAAGUCCCGCCCCUCGCCGGCUGAGGCGCCGCGGGACUCUUGCCCGGCCUCGGGCAGCUGCAGCACUUUUUGCACAGUUUGGGGCGGGGAUCCCGAACCCCGUCCCUGCGGAGCACAAGGGCCAGGCCGUGGCCUUAAUCCUUAAAGGCGGCCCUGCUCUUGCAUUCUUGGCAAUAAACCUGGCCUAGUUUUGUAGA